GCGGAGGAGGUCCGGGGCGGCCCAACAUGCAAAAGGUCAUAACUGCCCCUCAUGGCCAAUUCCCCGGCGAGGAGGAAAGUGGUUGGAACCCUCAGCAUCUGAAAUGGGGAGUUAGCAAUUGGGGCUGCCUCUGCUGUUCCUUCUGUGUUUUCACUUUCAGCGAAAUAAUCAGGAAAUCCCAUAUCCACCUCCACAGUAAACCCAGGCACACACGGACAGAGAGACUAAUAAUAUCUCAACACAUUUCUUCCUCCAGAAGCAGCAGCAGAAGAGCGAGAGCGAGAGGGAGAGGGUUAGGGAUGCGAUUCAAUGCGGCAAAGGCAGGAGAAGGAGCGGAGGAAGGUCGUUGAUGGCCUUGCAAUUGCAAAUGACUUGGCAGCCGAAUCUUCUGCAUCAUAAGCGCAAGACGGGACCUCCUCUAGGGUUGAAGAACCUCGGCAACAGCUGCUACCUCAACAGCGUCCUCCAAUGCCUCACCUACACCCCUCCUCUCGCCAACUUUUGCCUCAACUUCCAGCACUCCUCUUUCUGCGAUUCCGCGUCGGAGCCGGCGGACCGGAAGCGCGACUGCCCGUUCUGCAUACUCGAGAAGCGAAUUGUCCGCUCUUUGAGCAUGGAUCUCACUCUAGACGCUCCGUCCAAGAUCCUCAGCUGCCUCCGAAUCUUUGCCGAGCAUUUCCGGUGUGGUCGCCAGGAGGACGCCCACGAGUUCCUCCGGUAUGUCAUAGAUGCCUGUCACAACACUUGCCUCCGCCUCAAAAAGUUGCAGCAGCAGCGACACAAGGGCGGUGCUUGUAAUGGCAACGGCCAUGGCAAUGGCGAGAGUGUGAAUGGUAGUACUGUAGUCAAGGAGAUCUUUGGGGGUGCUUUGCAGAGCCAGGUGAAGUGUCUGUCUUGUGGUGCUGAGUCAAAUAAGGUCGAUGAGAUUAUGGACAUCAGUCUUGAUGUGUUGCACAGUAGUUCUCUCAAAGAAGCCAUGCAAAAGUUCUUUCAGCCUGAGGUCCUGGAUGGCAACAACAAGUAUAAGUGUGAGAAAUGUAAGAAAUUGGUGGCAGCUGGGAAGCAAAUGUCUAUACUUCAAGCACCUAAUGUCCUUGUAAUUCAACUCAAGAGAUUUGAGGGCAUUUUUGGUGGGAAGAUUGAUAAGGAAAUUUCUUUUGAAGAGGUUUUGGUGCUUUCUAGUUAUAUGUGCAAAGUAAGCCAGGAUACACAUCCCGAAUACAAUCUGUUCGGUACUAUUGUGCAUUCAGGCUACUCACCGGAAUCGGGACACUAUUAUGCAUAUAUCAAGGAUGCGAUGGGUCGGUGGUAUUGCUGCAAUGAUUCUUAUGUCUCGCAUUCAACCCUGCAGGAGGUUUUAUCAGAGAAGGUUUAUAUUCUUUUCUUCUCUCGCUCUAACCAAAGGCCAGUACCUGCCAUCACAAAUUUUCCUUCCAGCGGAGUAAAAUCUUGUGAUUCAAAUGGUAUCAAUAAAUCAAAAGUCCCAAAAGCCACUCUUCCAUUGAAAGCAGGACAUACACAGCCACAAGUUGAGCAUUCUUCUGGGAAGGGUAUUUCUACCAGAUCUAAGGUUUAUAGAGAGCCUAGUCAAAAUAUGAAGCUAAGCAACUCUGAAAACCAUUGCCCAAAAAGAGCGUCUACAACCAAUGGGACAAUUGAUGUCCAUAAGAAGCAAUCCAUGGGAAAGAAUGGUGACGCAAAGAACUCAAUUUGUACAGAAAGAAGUGAGAAAAUUAAGGGGAAUGGUGUUGACAGAAGUAAAUAUGAUUCAGUAUAUGGUAAGAAUAGCCAAACACCUGCAUUAGCAAACCAAAUUGGUAAAAUUCAGAACAUUCAUGUCGAUUCAGCAAAAGCAGAUCUGUGUGAAGGAAAUGGUACAGGAGGCAGGGUGCCUGCUGGAAGAGGGUCUGACUGCCAGAAAUUGCAUAAUGGUGGUGUAAAUGGUUAUUCUCAUAUCCCAGCUCCCAAGAGAAAAUCACAAGACAAGGACCCAACAUGUAUUUUGCUGUCUAAAGAUAUUCAUUCUCAAGAAAUGCUUGAAGAACUGAAAGAAGUACUCAAGAAAGAAGCUUCUUUAGUUCUGAGGUCAUGUGGUUGGUCGGAUAAAGUUUAUAGUUUCAUGCACUCAAGGAAGAGGUUUUGCGCACGAGAAGCAGGCAUGACAAAAUCCAUUUGUGAUGCAUCAAAGAAAUUGUUGAUUGCUGAUGCAAAAGCAAGUUUUCUCUCCCAAAUUCCAGAAUCACUGAAAGAGAGCCUUAUUGAGCGGCUCAGAUCAUUUAGCAAAGAAAAACAGCAGCAAUCUUCGGGUCCUUGAUUCCUGAACAUGUUAUUAUUGCAGUCUCCAGACAUUUGUUGCUGGCGGGCCUUGGUGUAUAAUCUGUAUUACUUACUGGUUGAUGUUUUAGCGAUGGUGGUAUCUUCAAUGAGAGACAAAUACCGUAGGUAUGAGCUGCAUCUUUUAAGUAAAUGUUGGCAAUGACACAACAUUUUUAUCUAGUAAUUUAAGCUUUUGUGUACGGUCAAUAUUGCUCUACUUAAUCACUGGUCAAACUUGAUGUGGACAGGCUGAGUUAAUAAUCUUUUCACGAAAAACUCUCCUUUGAGCCGGUGUGCAGAAAACACAGAAGAAAUAUCGGGAGUUCAAUUAAUUUUGUACUAUAUCCUUUUUGGCAGAAUUUUCAUCGUUCAAUCCUCAUUUUAUGGAUUCGUUACAAUUUUACCGUGAAAAAAUGUGACCGGAAGAGUAUCCCAUGGUAGAGUGUCUAUUACCAUCAACUAUGACAUGGUUGCUUUUCAUUGCUUAAACAAAACUCUCCCUCUCUCAUUUGUAGGAAUGUACAUAUUGAGAUGAAUGUGGAAUAUGUAAUUUUUUAAAAUAGUUAUUUUAGUUUUAUUUUUGUGUUGACCUGCUUGUUAGUUGGGAUGACCCAAUGAAUUUAAGGAAUUGAGUAAUUUUUGGAGGGUA